AUGAAACUUUUUGAAACUUCUUAUACUUUCUUAUACCCGUGGUCAAAAGUAUCUGCAGCUCAUUGGAAUAAAUAUCCAAAUGAUAAUUGUCCUCACGUUGUUACAAUUGAUGUGUUGGAUCGUUCGGUUGAUCCAAAAACAGGAAUACUCAGAACAGAACGUUUAGUAAAAAUUCAUCAGAACAUACCUAGGAUUUUUAGAAGAAUUUUUGGUGAUUUUGCCGAGUCAUAUGCAAGGGAAGUUAGUGAGGUUGAUCCAAAAAACAAACUUUUAAAGAUGACAAGUACAAAUCUCACUAUGAGAAAUAUAAUAAAUGUUUCUGAAAUUAUUACAUAUGCUGAGGAUCCCAAUGAUCCAUCAAGAACAUUAUUCAAACAAGAAGCAAGAAUUCGAUGUAAUGAAUCAAUUAACAAAUUUACAAAUUAUAUUGAGGAUUUUUUUAUUCAACGAUUUAGAGAAAAUUCUAUGAAAGGUCGACAAGGUUUUGAAGGAGUUUUAGAAAAAUUAAUGGUACAAAAUGAAACAUCAACAUUAUAG